AUGGCGUCCCCGGUGGCUUCGGCCGCCCUGAAGGCCCGAAUUCGGCGUCCCUCGAUGCUGAAGAAGCUAUGCCAGCCUCAAGACCUCCUGCAGCACUUUCCCAAUGGCGCUUACAUUGGCUGGUCCGGCUUCACCGGCGUAGGAUAUCCCAAGAAAGUCCCGACGUACCUGGCGGACCACGUUGAGCAGCACAAGUUGCAGGGGCAGUUGAAGUACUCGCUCUUUGUGGGUGCUUCCUCCGGCUCCGAGACCGAGAACCGGUGGGCCGGCCUAGACAUGAUCGCACGCCGAAGCCCCCAUCAAGUGGGUAAGGCAAUCGCAAAGGGUAUCAACGAGGGCCGCAUCAACUUUUUCGAUAAGCAUCUAUCUAUGUUUCCCGUGGACCUGGUCUACGGAUUUUACACCAAGGACCGCCCCAACAAGAACCUCGAUGUUGUCGUGGUGGAGGCAACAGACAUCAAGGAGGAUGGAAGCAUUGUCCCUGGGGCAAGUGUCGGCGCCACCCCAGAGCUCGUGCAGAUGGCCGACAAGAUCAUCAUCGAGGUGAACACCUCGUUACCAAGCUUCGACGGACUGCACGAUAUCACCAUGACGGACCUGCCGCCUCACCGCAAGCCAUACCUCAUCAUGGGAGUCGAGGACAGGAUCGGAAAGACCUCGAUCCCCAUCGAUCCCGAAAAGGUUGUUGGAGUUGUCGAAUCGGACUACCAGGACCAGACGUCACCAAACACACCAGCAGAUGAGUCAUCCGCGGCCAUCGCGACCCAUCUGAUUGAGUUCUUUGAACACGAAGUGAAACACGGCCGCAUGCCCAAGUCGCUGCUGCCCAUCCAGUCCGGCAUUGGCAACAUUGCCAACGCCGUCAUCGGCGGGCUCAGCGAGUCCAACUUCUGGAACCUGAAGGUGUGGACCGAAGUCAUCCAGGACACCUUCCUGGACCUGUUCGACUCGGGCAGGCUGGACUUUGCCACGGCGACGUCGAUCCGCUUCUCGCCCGAGGGUUUCAAGCGCUUCUACGACAACUGGGAGGCGUACCACAACAAGCUGCUGCUGCGGUCGCAGCAGGUGUCCAACUCGCCCGAGAUCAUCCGCCGCCUGGGCGUCAUCGGCAUGAACACGCCGGUCGAGGUCGACAUCUACGCGCACGCCAACUCGACGUGCGUCAUGGGCAGCCGCAUGCUCAACGGGCUGGGCGGGUCGGCCGACUUCCUGCGCUCGGCCAAGUACUCCAUCAUGCACACGCCGUCGACGCGGCCGUCCAAGACGGACCCGCACGGCGUCAGCUGCAUCGUGCCCAUGUGCACCCACGUCGACCAGACCGAGCACGACCUCGACGUCAUCGUCACCGAGGCCGGCCUGGCCGACGUCCGCGGCCUGUCGCCCAAGGAGCGCGCCCGCGUCAUCAUCGACAAGUGCGCCCACGAGCUGUACCGCCCCAUCCUCAACGACUACUUCGAGAAGGCCGAGUUCGAGUGCAUGCGCAAGGGCUGGGGCCACGAGCCGCACCUGCUGUUCAACAGCUUCGAUCUCCACAAGGCCCUGCAGGAGCACGGCAGCAUGAGGGAGAUCAAGGGCUGGUAG